CUUUGUCAUCGCCAUGUCGCUCGCGCUCGCCUCCUCCUCGCUCGCCCUCAACGUCGCGCCCCGCAGCGGCCCCGUCAAGGCGGUCGCGGCCGAGCCUGUCGCCUCCAAGGCCGACUUCGCCUACGGCCUGCCGGGCAACAUCGCCCCGGCCGGCAACUUUGACCCCGCCAACCUCCUCGAGGGCACCUCCAAGAGCGAGGUCUACCGGUGGCGCGAGGCGGAGCUCACGCACGGCCGCGUGGGCAUGCUCGCCGCGGCGGGCUUCCUGGUGCAGGAGGGCUUCCACCCGCUCUUCUCGGCGGACGGUGGCCCGGCCAUCGAGCAGAUCCCCGCGCUGCCGCCGGCCAUCUGGUUCCUCAUGACGCUCGGCAUCGGCAUCUGCGAGACGCUGCGCAUCCAAAAGGGGUGGGAGAACCCGUACUCGGGCGACGGGCAGGAGAACAUCCAGAAGCUCAAGGCCGACUACUACCCGGGCGACCUCGGCUUCGACCCGCUCGGCCUCAAGCCCACCGACCCCGCCGAGCUCCGCGAGAUGCAGGAGAAGGAGCUGUCGCACGGCCGCCUCGGCAUGCUCGCCGCCGCCGGCUUCAUGGCGCAGGAGGCGGUGUCGGGCAAGACGUGGUCGCAGCAGGACGUCAACUUCGAGGGCCUCCUCCUCGGCGGCUACUUCUCGCAGGAGGCGGCCGAGGUGGCGCGCGACGCCGCCGCCUCCGCCCUGUAGACGCGCCCCCCCCCUCCCCUCUCCCUCGGCCGCCCCCUCUCUUCCUGAGCCGCGGCGGCCAAGGGGGGCGGCGGCGGCGGCGCGGGCAUGUUGCGCCGAGGAGCGAGGGGGCGAGUCCCCUCGCCGCGGCGACUCUUCCCGUCGCGCCCGCCGCGCCCCCUCUAUCUUCUCUCCAUGACUGCGCCCCGCCGCCGCCGAGACAGCGCGCGCGCGGGGCCAGAGGGCAUGUUCGGGUGUGGAAGUCGUCGCGUUCUCAGCGCGUUCUGUCUCAGUGUCUCUGAGGCCGGUCUGCGUCUCGCUCUCAGAUUUUGGUAUAUACUGUGAGGUCCUGUCACCUGUGGAGUCGAGCUGUGUGGUGUGGAGUACGUUGCUAUACGUCGCUGUAAGAAAGA